AUGAGCAAGGCGGACAUUGACUGCAUCAAGGCCGAUGAUCUUGUGUGGCGGUGCAAUGACUGUAAUACCGACAGAAGGAAAAGUAUGCGAUUUGAGGCUGAGGCUGGUGAAAGUAAGCUUUCAUUGGAUGAUGUCUUAAAAGCAAUAAAUGAGUUAAAAACUGUACAAAAGAACUAUGAAUCAGGUGUAAACAAGGCUUUCGAGGAUUUAAAUGAAAAGUUGGUCGAAAACCAUAAAGAUUUCUUAGUUGAGUGUAAGAAGACCGAGCAAUAUUUUAAGGUUAUUGAGGACUUAUUGACAGAAAAUAGGCAGCUGAAAAAUAAAGUGCAGAAGCUGGAGGAAAGACUUGAAGACAUGGAACAGUAUUCGAGAGGUAAUUGCUUGGAAAUACACGGGAUUCCACAGGAGCCAAAUGAGGACGUGCUCACCGUUGUCAAGGACGUGGGUAUCAUUGUCAAGUUCGUGCGUCGUAUGGAUAAAGAAGAGUUUCUGAGAAAACGUCGAGUGAAGCGUAACUUGAACUUGAGCCACAUCAACAAGCCCGGAGGUGAGGUCAUCUACGUGAAUGAGUCGUUAUCUCCCGAGCGUCUCAGACUCCUAGCCCUGGCGAAGGCGGCGAAACGGGAGAAGGGCUACACGUUCUUGUGGAUAAGAAACGGCAAAAUAUUCCUCAGAAAAGAAGAGGAGGCACCAGUGAUCGUUGUAACCAGGCAAGAACAUUUAUCUAAGUUAUGA